AUGGAUACAAACCAAAACAACAACACUACUAGUGCAUUCACAAGUUUGAAUAGCACUUGGAAUCUGGAGAAGAUGGAUCAAGACCCUAUAAUUCUCCAACUCCACCAACAAAACCACCAAAUCCCUUCAGGGGUUUGGCCCUACCACCACCUUCUUCACAUGCCAUCUUCAUCAAACACCAUCACACCCUCCUCAUCAGGUUCUCUCAGUGAUAUCUUAGGAGUCCACAGCAUAGAAGAAGGAGAAGAAGAACAAGAAGAAGAAGAGUUAGGAGCAAUGAAGGAGAUGAUGUACAAGAUCGCUGCUAUGCAGCCGGUGGACAUCGACCCCGCCACCAUCCGGAGGCCGAAGAGGAGAAACGUCCGCAUCAGCGAUGAUCCGGCAAGUGUGGCGGCGAGGCAUCGGAGAGAGAGGAUCAGUGAGAAGAUACGGAUCCUCCAGAGACUCGUCCCUGGAGGAACCAAGAUGGACACGGCGUCCAUGCUCGACGAAGCCAUUCGCUAUGUCAAGUUCUUGAAGAGGCAAAUCAGGUUGCUUCAGUCCACCACUCCUCAACACCACCCUCCUCCACAACCACCACAAUGUGUUGGAAUUGGAAGUACUACAGGUGCUCCUCUUCUACCUCCUAGCACCUUGUUAUUAGCCCCUUCUUUUGAUUGGCCCUUUGCACCAAAUUUAUUACUCAGUUCCACUGCCACUACUGUGGUCGCCACCAACAUGCCGGCCCGACUAGGAAUUGAAGCCGUUGGCCACGGUCAUGCUUGUGAUGCCUCUUCCAGCUUUAAUCAUCAUGAGGUAAUCAGUGAAUAAUUAGUGGAUGAUAAUUAGGUCAUGAUAAUUAAUUGCUUAAUGUACGUAUAUGAAACCUAGGAGUACUGCUUGAUGAUAUCAGUAUGUAGAUUAUUGUCUCAAUGCCAAAAAAAAUAGAGAAGAAAAAAAAAAAAGGAAUGAUCAAGAAGAUGCAGGUAGAGUAGGUGUGUGUUUGGUUUCACAAUUAGCACAAAAUUACAUAGAAGCUGAGAUUUGUAGCUUCUGAUGACUAGAAGUGAUUUUAGAGCAUUUCAUGUAACCGAACUUGGCAUAAAUGUUUUAGGGAAGUGUGAUAUAUGUGUGAGGGAAAAGGUCUGUUAGGAUAUUGUUGACUAAUGGUUCUGAAGAAUAAUCAUAACGGUUGGCUUGGUUACGUAGCUAGAGAGGCAUAUAUAUAUUAUAAUAAUAUAUACUCUAGAUAGUUUCAGAAAAUGUGUGUGUGUAUGUAUGUAGUUUGGAUAUCAUGUUGGCCGGAAAGUUUGUUUGGCCAUGAUAUGUUUCCAGGAAUAAAUUCAACUGUGACGUGAGAAGCUGUUUGAAUCAAUAAUGAA